ACAUGGUGGUGACAGGCGCGGUUAUGUUUUAAUGUUUACUUCAUGCAUGUUCUAUCAUUUUGUAAGAUUCCGAAAGAAAAAGAAAAAAAAACGUUAAUUUAGAAGUAUGAAGAGAGUUUUACGGAAUAAACAAAACACACCUAUAAUUAUAUCAUCCGACGAAGACGAGGACGAGAAGAAAGAAAUAAAAAGGAAAGUUGUAAAGAAAGAAAUUCAGAUUGAAGGCGAGAAAGGUAAGGGCAAGAAGAGAGUAGGAAAUGUAAGAGGGAAGAAAGUAAAGGUAGCAAAUAUCAAUGAAAAGGACGAUAAAAGAGUAGACGACGAAUGUAUAAGGGUAAUGGGUAUUAAAAGGAAAAACGAGGAUACAGACGAAUCACAUAAUGCAAAAAAAGUGAGGUUAAAGAAGGAUGAUCUAUCUGUCGUUGUAAAAAAGUCCAAGGAAGAUGUAUCUCUGAAAGGGGAAAGAAAGAAUAAAGAAAUAGAUAUAGGAAAUUUUCCUAGCGAAUGUGUGGAAUGGACCGACGUCGACUACAUUUGCGAAGUGGAAAAUAUCGAUAAACAAGUAGCUGAAAAUAUAGUGAAACUUUUCAAAGAUGAUAAUACUAUACCUUUUAUCGCAAGGUAUAGGAAAAACAUGACAGGCGGCAUGGAACCGGAUCAACUGAGAUCGGUGAAAGAGUCCUUCGAUCGUGUAAAUGUAAUAAAACAUCGCGCUGCCGUUAUUAUUAAAGCCAUCGAUAAGUUAGGAAAGUGGACGCCACAGAUACAUUCUGCCAUAAUGUCUACCAAAUCCGGGGACGAUUUGGAGCAUAUUUAUUCAAUGUUUAAAGUAACGUCGAAGCAAUCCUUGGCGGAGAGGGCCAAGUCGUUGGGCUUAGGUCCGAUAAGUAAUGCGGUAAUAGAGGGAAAAGAAAUUCCUCCUCUAUCGUCGCUGAUCGAUCGAGAAAAGAAAGAGCUGCAAACCGAGCAACAAGUAAGGGAAGGAAUUGUACAUAUUAUAGCGGAUAUAAUAAGUAAAAAUAAAGGUACGUUUGACGAAGUGAAAAUCCUUGAAAGAGCAUCUAUUAUAGAGAUUCAAACGGCGCGAUCAAAGGCAAAUGAUACGUCCAAGAACGGGAAGAGGGAUGUAGAUCGAGAAAAGUAUGAAAUAUAUUUCAAUUUCAAAAGUAACACAAGAAUUAUUAAACCGCAUCAAAUUUUAGCUAUUAAUAGGGCAGAGGCGCAGAAAGUACUCGGUGUAAAAAUCGUUAUACCCGAUUCGUUGAUAGAUGGAUUUAAAAAUUAUUGUUUGAACUCGUUGUUCAGAUUCGGAGCUAGGUCGUCGUCGUCGGCCAUACACUUGGCAUUGUUGGAAGAUAGUAUCGAUUAUGCUUACAAAAAGUUUAUCAAACCGUUGAUAGUUCGAAGAGUACGAAGCGAGUUAAAGGAGAAAGCUGAGAAUGCAUCGAUAAAGGUAUUCUCUAUCAAUGUCAAACAGUUGCUACUGACACCUCCUGUACGUGGAAAGAUAGUGCUGGGUAUAGAUCCAGGCUUUUCUCAUGGAUGUAAAUUAGCAGUGGUAUCGGAGCAAGGUAACGUUUUAGAAACUGCCGUAAUGUAUCCUCAUAGAAGGACAGAAGGAGGUUCAGAAAAAUCGAUUAAAAUUUUGACCGAUUUGGUGAGGAAAUAUAAAAGUACUGUCGUAGCGCUCGGCAACGGUACGGCAUGCAGAGAAACAGAAGUCUUUCUUUCAAAUUUAAUCAAAUCUAAUGCCUUCGAUCCAUUCGACGUUUCUUAUACUAUAGUCGACGAAGCCGGAGCUUCCGUAUACAGCUGUAGUUCGGAGGCGAAACUUGAGUUUGCCAGCCUUGAUCCAAAUAUAAUCUCUGCGAUCUCAAUCGCAAGGCGUAUACAAGAUCCUCUUGCCGAAUUGGUCAAGAUAGAACCGAAGCAUCUAGGUGUAGGAAUGUAUCAACACGAUUUGCCCGAAAAACAAUUGAUACAGUCGUUGAACGAAGUUGUCACAGAGGCUGUAAGUUUUGUCGGCGUCGAUGUCAACACAGCUUCCCAUUCUCUUCUUAGAAAAGUCGCCGGUUUGAAUGUAUCUAGGGCGACUAGCAUCAUAGAAUGGAGAAAUAAGCAUGGUCCAUUUUUGAACAGACGACAAAUUUUGAACGUAAAAGGCAUCGGUAGCAAAACAUUCGAACAGUGUGCCGGAUUUAUAAGGAUUCUACCGGAGACAGUAACAGUUACCGGGAGUAAAAUAAAGAAAUCCAAAGAUCCAGAUAAUUCUUUAAAUUUUUUGGAUCAGACGUGGAUUCAUCCGGAGUCAUAUGCUAUAGCGAAUGAAUUUUUAAAAUCAUCUGGAUGUAAUGUAGAGGAAAUAGGCAGUUUGCCUUUCAUAGAAAAAAUAAAAUCAUACGUCAAAGACGGUGGUUUGAGUUUUCGUAAGAAAUUUCAGACGGACGAAGCCACGUUAGAAGUCAUAAUAAAGGGCUUAACUAUGAAGAAAGACGAAGACAUAAGAAUGAAAUCGCACUGUCCUUUGUUUCGUGCUUCUUUGCGAAAUAUCGACGACUUGACUGAGGGUACUUUGUUAAGCGGGGCUGUUAGAAACGUCACGCAUUUUGGCGUAUUCGUAGACGUUGGGGUAGGAAAAAAUGGUCUUAUGCCUACCAAGUGUUGCAAGGGUCAAACUCUUUGCAUAGGUCAACGCGUGGAAGUAAAAGUUGUCAACAUCGAACACAGACGUAAUAGAUUCAUCUUGGAACUCAUCAAAGCCUUGUAAAGUAAUGUCGAAGGGCUUUCUUUGUCAAGAAAGAGUGCGAGAUGUCAAAUACAAUCGAAAUACUUUUUUUUCUUUUUUUUUUUUUUUUUCUUCAAUCAUGUACAAUUACCCCCUCCCGCCCCCAUAAUAUUACGUUUUGUACGGAUUGUGAGCGAAAUAAAUUCAUCCAUUGAAAACAUUGAGUAAGAAAAAUGGAGAAAAGUUUGAUUUGGAAAAAAAAAAAAAACAGAAAAAAGAACAUUUGAUUUGGAGCAAACCUUUUAUUAAGGGGACUCGAUGGAUUUAUUAUGUGUGUGCCCGAACGAAAGGGUUGACUAUGCUCGAAAAAGUCUCUCCUGCGUUUGUGCCGAUCAAUAUACGCCAGUAGUCAAUGGCGUAGCAGUAAGAAGCUACUUUUCUCUUUCCUUUCGUUUUUUUAUUCUGGCAACUUCGACAAUGGAAAAAUGAUUGUAGGAACGAGUUCAUAAAUAGUUUAAUACCUGUACGAGAGGGUAUUCAAGAAAAUUAUAUAUCGCGAUAGAGAAAGGAGAAGUAAGAUGCGAGGGUAUUAAAAGGUACGAUGUGCCAUUUGCAAUGCGUUUUAUUCAGCCUAAGUGUACGUAAAACCGCUCGAUUGCGAAAUAAUUGAUGAAAUUGUUUAUUUAUUUAUUUUUUUUUUUUUUUUCUUUUGUCUCUACAAAAAGAACGAAAUAGAAUUUCGACGCGAAUCAAGAGUGCCCCCUGUAAUCGCUUUGCUUCGGUUUAUCUUUGUCGAUAAGGUAGACGUCCGUGGUACACGAGAAGGCAUAUUUCUUAUUAAUCUAAUCGAUUUAUUGGAAAAGCAUAAUAAUCGAUCAUCUCGUAUCGUCGUUCAGAAUUCCCUUUUAGAUCGUAACAGUAAUAAAUAUCACGUUAUUUUCUUUUAGUUAGCAUCCGUGUCCUUUCGCAUUGUUACGCGGUCGUAUACGUUUAUUUAGGACAGUCGGUCAGGGAGCUUUAAAAAUUGCCUCAUUUUCUUCGCGAAUCACGUACUUAAGAAUUUCUUCGUAAGGGCCAACAACACGUUGGUCUCCCGAUGUACGGCAAUGAUAAAUUACAAGGGGCAAGCGCAGGUAAACGUAAAGUAUAACGGAGCUACUACUCGAGCGAGCUUUUUAUUUAUUUUAACGAUAAAACGAUAUUACUCGAGGAUCUUGAUUAUUCGAUGAAAAUGAGUGACCUAGAUAUAAGCGUCUCUCGCGCGAGUUAACGAGAGUACGAGAUUUAUUUCACAUAAGUUUUAAUUAAAUUUCUAAUAUGGAUUUGAGCUGACGCUGUUAAAAAGUGAUUAAAUACGCGUCGAUUAAUCGAACUAAUGCGUGCGAAAUAAUUUUCUAAUUGGUUAGGGAAAAGAUGAUGAGAACCGUGAAACAGAACAAAGCCGUUUUAUCCUUUGCUACUGCGACACGAGUCGGGAGGAUGCCCGACGAAAUAGGUUUUUAUCCGGACGAAAACAUUUUAUACGAGGUUCGCGACGAUCCUCGGAUUUGUUAAACUAUGGGAAAGAGAGAAAUAGAAAAGAAAUUGAACGAACUCGACAGAUUGCGAGAGAAAAUAAAAGGAGUCAUAGUGCGGUCUCUUUCAGCGCUCCCUGAUCUUUAGAACAAUCGCUCGGCGUUUCGUAAAACCGUCCGCCGGCAAUUAUUAUAUUUGUCGAAAGUCUGAAAAUUUAUAUUUGCCGAGUAA